AUGGAUCCGGUAUCCAUUACUCUUGCUCAAAGACUGCAGGCAGUCCUUUUCCGGAAAACGAUUCGCGAAAACUUCUCCAAAUUCUUCCAGGCUGAGCCAAAGCCACAAUCUAUUGACGAGGAAAGCCAGCCAAACGUCGCUCCGUGCGAUGGGUUGGACCAGAUCUCUCAUGUCGAUCUCGUGUCUGACGAAUGGCACAUCGGCCAGGACAGUCAAUUUGGCGAGGCCUUUCAGAACGACACCAACUCUCCAGAGGCGCUAGCACCAGAUGAGCAAACGCUUAGAGAUAUAAAUUACGCACGCUUCCAGGAUGAGGACCCCGAUGACUACACGAAAGGACCAACUCGUUUCGUCAUUGGAGAUGACGGUGUCCAGCCAUGUGCUGCGCUACUGUUGACGCACAGUCUUUCACUUUCGAUCCGAGAGGUGGUGGCGAAUCAAAGACAGUUCAUGCGAGAGGAACGGCAAGUCACUCAGCAAGUCAAGGAGAUACGGAAGUUCCGACUCAAGGUCAAGCGGGAGAUUACUAGUCAUACCACUCGCAUCAAGAUCGCAGAGAGCCCCAAUGAUCCUGAUGAGGAGCCGGAUCGAGAGCUCGCAGCCAAGCUGAAGGAAGAGGUUGAGGUCUUGGAGCGUAUGUGCUCGCAUAUGGAGCGUAGGAAGGACCAGUUGGAAGCCGACCUCCGUUUCCAAGCACAGCUGCAUCGCAAGAUCCAGCAAGAAGUCAACGCCAACCUCGAAGAGGCGUUCGUAGAGUGUGCGCUCUUGAACCCCGACGAAGAAGACGACCUUCCCGUCGAGCAAUUCGAUCUUCAGGAGCAGUAUAAGGCCACGCUCAUGGAUAUGCAAGAGCCAGAGGAGAUGAUCCGUGGAGGAUACAGUCCUGAGCUUCCAGAGCUAGACACUAGCCGAGACUAUCUCCACCGACAAGUCCCUAAACCGACACCAGAAGAAGAAGCAGAAAAUCUGGGAAGAGCACGAAUGGCGGAAACACUCCAGCAAGCACUGCAACACGUCACAAUUAUGCAGGAGCAAUUCGACAGCAAAGAAGUCAGUCGUGAACGGGACGCAAUCCUCAACAACGAAGCCGAAAUGAGAGGUGAAGAGACUUACUACACCUCGCAGGAAGACUUCGACGUCCACUGGGUCGAAAACUUCAGAGAGAUCACGCGCAACCUGAUCACCGCCGAAGAAGCCUUGAAACAAGCCAAGAAAGCCGCCAAAGCAGCCGGGAUCAAGCACAUCCCCGGUUGGGAGUCUUCAGACUACGGCGACGACUUCAGCAAUCCAGGCGGCUAUCCCGCAAGCAUGGAAAUCGAUCCCGUGGCAGCGAAAGAACGUGCCGUCCCGGCUGUAGACGACUGGCUGGAGAAGCUGGUGGAAGACAUGCUGCCGGUUCAUGGAGAUUUCGAGAUUAGUGUCGAGGUCGAUGAAUGGGAUUGCAGAGAGGUAGAGAUUGGUGAUAGUCUGAGCUGUGUCGAUUGGGGUACUUAUCGAGAGGAGAUUGAGGAAUUCCGUGAGACGUGUCGGGCGCAUGUCCAGAGUAGUUUAUGA